AUGGAAGUCCGCGUUAUUUGCGACUGUACGGACUGCAGCAGCAGGCUCGUCGAGAUCGGAGGCGUCAACGUACUCUGUAACCUGCCCACGCGCCUGCUCAAACAGUGCAAGACCGAACUCGGGCAGUCGUACUACUGCCACAGCAAGGGAUACCACAACCAAGAACUAUACGCGAAGCUGCUUUGUUUGAACAUACACAUCAUUGUUGUCACCACGCCGCGUGGACUCGACGGACUCGACACGCUGCGCAAAUUCUACGACCUCAGCUCGACACAUAUUGUAUGUACCAGGCCGGUAUACACCAUAGCCAGCCUCUCAGCCCCAAAAACCAUCGAAGAAGGGCCCAUAGCAGCCAUAGCCACGGAUGUUAAGAAUGUCCAACACUACAAUCGCAACACGAAGGUGGCCACGCCCAGGAGGAACGCAGCGACCGAGGACUACCAGGAGACGCCAAGGUCCGCAGCCCAUCUAAUGGAUUAUGAUGACGACUAUUAUGAUGAAUAUAUAUAUCCAUACGAUAAGUACGGGUAUGUCGGAGGGCGGAAUCGCACAUGGCACACACUGGAAUCGGUAGGACAUAUGCUCCCUAUCAACGCCGGGCGAGGUGAAAGCACGCGCAGAGUGGAUCACAUUAUGCGCCGAGGGGUGCAAGAAACCCAACCGCCACACGUCAAUACACAAGAAUCAAGAGAUGUCAUGGCCUACUCAAUGCGAAAGGCGCUAGUCAAGGAAAAGAUACAGGUGUUGGCAUCAGCCAGCACCAAGGGCAUGGAACGGCAGCCGCCACUGGACGCCUGCUUCAACACACCCAACAGCUACGUCAGACACAGGGCAUCCAGCGCAUACAGUAUGCAAGAAGAGUGCUUCAACUGGAGAGGGGACAGAUCCGAAGACCUCGAAGACCAACCUAUGAUCAAGGACCCCAAUCUGCCAAACACACAGUUGUUACACGCGGUCUCAUACAAUGAGAUAGUCACCAUUGUAAUCGAUGGUGCAGAUGUAUACAAACGAAGCAGGAGAGGCGAAAGAAGCCGCAGCAUGGAGUCUUUGUUCGACAGGAGCCGCUUCGUUUUCAAGGCGACCAUCGAGCUCUGCGCCUUCAGCAGCGGAUUCUCACUCGGGUCCAGCAACUGGACAAUCACGCACGCCGAGACGUUUACGCGCGUCGCCCUCAUCGGGGAAACGGGAGAAAUCGGGUAUCAUAGGUAUUGCAAGCCUCCGGAUUUGUCCUUCGUGUACAAGGCGGACAUGCUGGUGCUGCUGGACAACGCCGUGGCGGCACGCAACGUCCAGCAGCAAUUCAAGGUCGAACCGCAUCUCAGGCGAGAGGUCAAGAGACAAAGGGACGAUGUGCAGAACGCACAACUGGACAACCUAUGCAAACAAGCGUUGGAGGGGCUGCAGAAUGCCGAAGGAGUCGUGAUAGUAGCCGACCCCUAUGGAGAGACUAUAUUUGAUCUGCUGGAGCACCUGGAGUUAUACAUGCAGAGGUACCUCAAGCAUCACGAACGUGUCCUGAUAUACGCGCUGGGAGAGGGUAUGGUUAACAUUCUCAGCUACGCCGACAAGUGCGCCGAGUGGGUUGAGCCGCGCAGGGCAGACAGAACUAUGCAUCAUGAAACACCAAAAUCGCCCUUCACGGUGCUCGCAGAAAUGAGGGAUGGGAACAGGCUAUUCAUAGGCAACACUACGGAAGAUAUUAAGGACGUAUACAGGUACCCCUCAAUUGUGGUGGCCACGUACGAUCAGGUGACCAUACCAUACCUCGCUGGGAGAAUGCACGCGGGCGCUACAAUGAUAGCCACCGCUGUGCACUAUAGUGACGAGCUGCUUCAUCUGGCGACCGAGAUGGGCAUACAGGCUCGGAUAAUGAACGUAACGCUAGACUUCAGGGUCAUGGCGGAGCACCUGGCACUGAUGCUGGGCACCAAGUGCCAAAUCAUCACCUCCAAAAACAUGAAGGCGCGGAUGUCACCGUCCCUAAGGUUGAUAGCCGGGGACAACGUCAGAAUGCCCAUCGCAGGGCCCUCCGGAUUGCUCACCACCGACACCAGGGCCGAGUACAUCAGUCGAGCGCUGGCACGGAUAAGGCCUAUCAUAGGAGGCACGGGAGCCGUUCCCGUACACAUCACGGUUGCCGAUGGCGAGUUGCAGCAGGCAACGCCGAUAAACUUGCCUGACGACGAACCCAGAUUCACAUUCGGCACAUUCACACCAACGCAGCUGCUCGAGAAACUCAGGAUGUUAGGACUAAAUCAAUGUCACAUACGAAACCCAACAGAUGGAUAUCCCAUUGAAAUUAUAGUGGACGAGGAGUGUUCCAUUAUUCUGGAAUCGCCAUACGAGACCAGUGUCAACACCGCGUCGUCCGAAAAACGCAGGCUUGUCACCAGGGCGUUGGAGCAGCUCUGCACCGUACUAUAG